GCUAGAACUCUCCAUGUACGUGCUCUGAACUUACUAGCUAGAGCGAGAGAGUUGUUUGGUUUUUGAUUGUUUAGAAGAGAGAGAGAGGCCUUUUGUUGUGUGAGAAUGUUGGGAGUGUUCAGCAGCGCGAUCGUUUCUCCACCGGACGAGCUUGUUGCCGCCGGUUGCCGUACUCCGUCCCCAAAAAUGACGGCGUCAGCGCUGGUGAACCGCUUCCUUGAGACCAAUGCCUCCUCCGUGUCCGUGCAGAUCGGAGACCAUGUCCAGCUGGCGUAUACUCACAAGAACGAGUCCCCUCUGCAGCCAAGAUCAUUUGCUGUCAAGGAUGACAUCUUUUGCUUGUUCGAGGGAGUGCUUGACAACUUGGGAAGUUUGAGGCAGCAAUAUGGACUUGCAAAGUCGGCAAAUGAGGUGAUUUUGGUCAUUGAGGCUUACAAGACUCUUCGUGAUCGGGCUCCCUACCCUGCUAACCAUGUCGUUGGCCACCUCAGUGGGAAUUUUGCUUUCAUUGUCUUUGACAAGUCUACUUCCACCUUGUUUGUGGCUUCUGAUCAAUUUGGAAAGGUUCCUCUCUAUUGGGGAAUCACUGCUGAUGGAUACGUGGCCUUUGCCAAUGAUGCUGAAUUACUUAAAGGUGCUUGUGGCAAGUCACUUGCUUCUUUUCCUCAAGGAUGUUUCUUCUCCACUGCAGUUGGGGAACUGAGAAGCUAUGAGAAUCCUAAGAACAGAAUCACCGCAGUUCCAGCUAGAGAAGAAGAGAUAUGGGGUGCUACCUUCAAGGUGGAAGGGCCAGCAGUUGUUGCAGCCACAGAGUAGAGAGGUCAGUUCUUCUCUAUGAUUGUUCAUAUCCAUGUGUCCGUCCGGAAGAAAAAGAGUUGUUUCUAGUGGGUUGUAAACGGGAGUGGUGCUUAAGGAGUCAAAUGAGAAAACAUCAUAAACAGUGUUAACUGUCGAUCUGUAGAAUGGGCGGCUGAAGCACCAUGCUUUGUGAAAAAUGUAGUAUUGUAGAUGGCUUUUUAUCUACUUGGGUGCGUUGCUUUCUAAUUGGCCCCUGCCCAAGCUACUUAUGUUAUGUAUGGUUGGUUUUUCUGCUUCAAUAAACGUUUCUUUGAAUGUUUUUAAGACCACAUUAAUGGCAUCGUCUUCUUUCUGCAGUU